AUGAAGCGAAUGAAAAUCACGGUAGUACCUUUCCUGAUCAUUGCAUCGAAGUAUGGAAACGCAUUUGGAUUCUUUGAAUUACGGAUUCCCAUUCGUUGUCAUCGGCAAGCCCUCCCGGUACUUUACCCUACUAGUAGAGCUGGAGACUUGCAUGAUGAGUCUCGCCAUUCUAAAAAAUCCAGUUUGAUGCUCAACAUGAAGAACUCUGAUCACAGCUCUCUUUCCAAAAUUACACGAACCGUCUCGACUUCAAGUACUCGAACAGCUCUCUUUUCGCUGUUUAUGUCAUUGGCUGGUGUCAUACUCGGUCCUUUUCUGGACGCCUACCACUCCGCAUUUGGAGUCCUUGAGUAUGACAAACCCAUUACAAGUAUUCUUUGGGGAAGCGUCGAUCAUCCUGCGUUGACUACGACCUGGUGGGUUCCAGCGCUUUUUGGACUUGCAGGCUUUCUCAUCGGAUGGCUAUAUAUUCUUGGUGACGUCAUACUUUCCUCGUCAUCCCCAAACAAUCCACGGCCGAGUCCGCCCCAAAUCUUGCUCGGUAUAUCGCUAUUUACCUUACAGUAUUGGCUGUCCGGUGCAAUGUAUCACUCUGGAGUUGACCGGGUUGUCAUUCUCAAUACCAUGUCGAUUGUGGCUGCAUCUGGUUUUAUACUGCUGGAUCAAACAUUUGUGGGAUUUCUUGUUAGUGCUGUUACCGCUUUUGGAGGUCCAAUGAUUGAAGUGGGAUUAUUGUCUCUGUCACGCGCAGACCUCAUGCUGGAAAGUGGCUAUCAAUACACUGAUAUUGGCGAAACGGGUUUCUUCCCACUCUGGAUUCUCCCCGUUUAUUUCUUGGGAGGCCCAGCCGUUGGGAACCUGGCACGUGGCAUAUGGAAUGGUCUAAAUAAUGUGCUCCAAGAAAAUGACCUAGCAGAAGUAACAAGCCUCCCCGGAUGCAAAGUUUGCAACAACACUCGUCGUAUACCCUGUCCCAACUGCGACGGCGUUGGAACCUACUUGGCCAUGGGAGGUCGGAGUGCUUUAUGUACCUCAUGUUGCAAGCGUGGAUACGUUGUUUGCAGGAGCUGCUUUGAAUUUUAUGGGGAAGACCCAUACGACAUUGAAGGCAUUCGCAAGCGGAUGUCCAACAUGCCUGAUUAA